UCAAUCUCAUUAUUCAUUCAUUCUUCUUCUUCAACUUGCGACAGAGCCAACAAUCUCUCUCUCUCUGAGCAACAAUGCCAGCCCAGAAGCGUUCCUUACCCGAGUCAAUGGAAGAUGAAGAAGAAACUUCGCAGCUUCUUCAACAAUCUCGCCAUGUCAAGCAUCACCGCGAACCACACUUCAUCGACCAACUCGAACAAGAGGAAGAUGAAGAAGACGACGAUGAUGAUCAACAAGAGCAAGAUGAGGAAGAAGAGGAGCAAGGAGAAGAAGAGGAAGAUGAUGAAGAAGAAGCUGAAGAAGAUGAUGAUGAAGAUGACGAUGAAGAAGGGCAGCACCAUGACGAUGAAAAGGAAAAAUCACAAGAUUCUGAUGAAUCCUCUGACUCUGAAGAAAAACCUGAAUAUGUGUACGUUGAACUUUCGGAUAUUCGUAAAGAUGUCCAAUGUCCAAUUUGCCUUGGUAUUAUUAAGAAGACAAGAACUGUUAUGGAAUGCUUGCACCGCUUUUGCAGGGAAUGCAUUGACAAAUCAAUGCGACUGGGGAACAAUGAAUGCCCUGCUUGCCGCACACACUGUGCUAGCCGUCGCUCCUUGAGAGAUGAUCCAAAUUAUGAUGCCCUUAUUGCUACUCUAUAUCCAAAUAUUGAGAAGUAUGAGGAAGAGGAGCUUGAAUUUCGUGAAGAGGAGAAGAACCGAAAUAAGCAGAUUCAAGCUUCAAUAGCAAAAGUUUUUAAACGGCAAUCUGAAGCACUAAGCAAGAAACGUAAAGAUACACCAAGUUCAAGUUCAUUUGUGACAAGAUCACAGCGUAAUCAAAGAAACCUUCAGUCUAGGAGACAAAACCAAGCUAGUGAUAUUCAAGGAUCUGAAGAAAAUGAGGAAAAUGGAAAUAAUGAAAGAGACUCAUCUUCCGGUGAUGAGGGGGGUACAGAACUCCGACAGAGAAAACGAAAGAGAUGGACCAGAGUUCGCUCCUCUCAGCCCUCAUCGUCAAUGGCAAGUCCUGAUGGUGGAAGCAUAGAAAGUGAUCUGGAUAUAAAUAGAGAAAAUCGAGGAACUUCUAGGCUGGUGACAAAAGCUAGAAAGCUUACUUGGGGAAGGGGUGGUUUUCGGAGUAACACAAGAUAUGGCAGUGGUGGUGGUAGCAACGGCAAGAGUUCCCGUAGUGGUCGAAUGUCUAGGUUGGUUGAUUAUCUCAAAAACUUGAAUGAGAACACUGAUGAGUUUGAUGUUCAUCUCAUGUUUGUUUCUCUGGACAAAGAAACUACACAAAGGUUGGAGAAGCUUCAUCUGUGUUGUCGACCAAAUGUGUCUGUCAAGAACCUUUAUGAAUAUAUUGCUAGUCAGACUCCUUUGACAGUUGAAGAAGUUGAGAUACUGGCAGUUAAAGGAUGCAGCAGUGCAAAUUGUGACAAGUCAGCUGAUGAGGAUUCAGUCCUGGAUUUUGAUGAGCUAUCAUCGUUGGUUAUAGAUCCACAAAAAGAUGAACUGGAAAUUUUGCAAGCUCAUGAAACUGUGGCAGAGAUUAGAUCCAAAAGCAUAUUUAAAAGGGGCCAUUUGAUUCUGGCAUACAAGAGGAAGGUCUGAGGCAUUAUAUUUAUUGGUUUGGGUGGCAGGUGUUUGAGAUGGACAACAAUGCAAUGAACUUGUUGUGUGUACAUUAAAACAAAAGACCAAUUGCUUAAAGUUUUUUUUUUUCUUUUUUUUUUUCUAGUUGUAACCAAUUAAAGUGAAUAAGUUAUCCUAAAGUAUACUAAAUUUUAAAAACCUUCAUAAUGAUAUUAUGGUAGCAUUGUAAUA